UACCCACCUCAGGUAGCCUAGUGAUAUUUGCAAAAUCCCAAUGGCCCUGUCCUUUUCUUUACUGAUGGCCGUGCUGGUACUCAGCUACAAAUCCAUCUGCUCUCUUGGCUGUGAUCUGCCUCAGACCCACAGCCUGGGUAAUAGGAGGGCCUUGAUACUCCUGGCACAAAUGGGAAGAAUCUCUCCUUUCUCCUGCUUGAAGGACAGACAUGAAUUCAGAUUCCCAGAGGAGGAGUUUGAUGGCAACCAGUUCCAGAAGACUCAAGCCAUCUCUGUCCUCCACGAGAUGAUCCAGCAGACCUUCAAUCUCUUCAGCACAGAGGACUCAUCUGCUGCUUGGGAACAGAGCCUCCUAGAAAAAUUUUCCACUGAACUUUACCAGCAACUGAAUGACCUGGAAGCAUGUGUGAUACAGGAGGUUGGGGUGGAAGAGACUCCCCUGACGAAUGAGGACUCCAUCCUGGCUGUGAGGAAAUACUUUCAAAGAAUCACUCUUUAUCUAACAGAGAAGAAAUACAGCCCUUGUGCCUGGGAGGUUGUCAGAGCAGAAAUCAUGAGAUCCUUCUCUUUUUCAACAAACUUGAAAAAAGGAUUAAGGAGGAAGGAUUGAAAACUGGUUCAUCAUGGAAAUGAUUCUCAUUGACUAAUGCAUCAUCUCACACUUUCAUGAGUUCUUCCAUUUCAAAGACUCACUUCUAUAACCACCACAAGUUGAAUCAAAAUUUCCAAGUGUUUUC